CCAUAACCGAUAUGUUUAUAUAUAUUGCGACUGUGUUUGAUUAAAUUAAUUGCUCCUGUUCCUUGACAGAAUACGCACGAAAAUCACCAACAACAAUGAAAGUAACGUUCUUGCUGACGUUUCUGGUUCUAGUGGUUUUAGUUACAAAUUCGUUUGGAUGGCUUUGGCGAAGGUCAAGGAGGAAUCGAUGUGGUACCUGGUUAAGGCACAGGCCAUGCACUGCUUCUAAGUGUAGUGAUCCUUCAAGAGGGAAACCAUUUUACUUUGGAACAACUCGUUUGUUUUGUAUGGCAAAAGGAAAACGUGGAUCGUCACCAUCUCGACCAACAUGGGCACUAAAGCACAGAUGGAUCGAAUACAAUGGACAUUUUUUCGAACGAUUGAAGAAUGGAGGAGAUAUUUUUAGCUCAGAUGCCCCUAAGGACUCCAAUAAAUGUUCUUCUAGACGGGAAAGUCGUCCAGCCGGGUACAGCAGUUUGAGCAUAGAUUGUAUGAAACGUUGUACGAAUAAGUACAGGCAACGCUAUGGUAGCUACCGUCUGUUGUCAAAUAACUGCCACCACUUUGCUAAUCGUUUCUCCGAUAUAUUAUGCAGCAGUUCCACGUGUCCUUCGUGGUGUGCUUGAAUUGAAAUGAUUUUGGUCUACUAUCAUUAAAUGUUACUUUCUCUU